AUGGUUGGAUCCGAACCUGGGCCAGAUGGCCAUUCCCAGAGUCGUACGACGACGUUCCUAUUGUCAAACCUUCAUUGUGCCUCUUGCGUGUCAAAUAUUGAAGAGGCUCUUUUCCGGCUUGUUCCAAGGCCUACUUCUGUGGAUCCCUCUAUUGUCUCUCAGACAGUCACGGUUCGCCACCAUCCUUCUCUACCUGAGUCAACACUAUCAAGAGCGCUUGGUGAUGCUGGGUUUGAGAUCUACGAUAUGGUCCGAGACGCAGAAACUGAAUUUAUUGCCAGCGAUGGCUCCCCCAAUGAGAACGCUUUAGUGGAACAAGACGGAUGGAUUGAUCGGGCGGUGGAGAUAUGGUCGAAGCGCUACAACUUGGUCAACAAGUCCGAAAAGAAAAGAAUAGCCAGACACAUUGAGCGGUGCGAUAUUUGUCGCCUAGAGAAAGGGGCAAAAUCCGAAAAGAAAAUGCGUUCUGCUUCUACCGUGGGGCAAGCAGAUGCAACGAACGAAUCUUUCGUCGUUGUCGAUUCCACUGAAUCUCAGAAGGCUGUGAAAGUGAUCAUAUCUAUCAUGGGUAUGACUUGCGGCACCUGCGUCGGCAAGAUUUCCGAGGCACUCGAGAUGCAAUCAUGGGUACGGUCCGUGAAUGUUACUCUUCUUACAAAUAGUGCUGUGGUUACGAUUCAGGACAAAAGCCAUGUGAAGGAAAUCAUUCAGAGCAUAGAAGACGUGGGAUAUGAGGCGACAGUGGAACAGAUCGAUGAGCAUCCUACUAUACGAGAUACCGACCGCGAGCCCCAAACUGUCACUUUACGAGCGUCAUAUUCUGUGGGUGGAAUGACCUGCAGUAGCUGCAUUGGCGCUAUUAGCGGGGCACUCAAGAACUUCGGCUGGAUAAAAAAGGUUGACAUAAAUCUCCUCUCAAACAGCGCCACGGUCGUAUUCGAAGGGAAAGAUCAUCUGCCUGAGAUUGCACGGACUAUCGAGGAUAUUGGUUACGAGGCCACUCUGAAUGACGUGAACGAACUUGGCCGCACGCUGUAUCGAAAUCAGCGGAGAGAGACCUCAAUCAACGUCAGUGGAAUGUACUGUGAUCAUUGCCCUCCUCGAAUCAUUGGGUAUCUGAAGCGGUGCGCUGGGGAGGUAGUCGUCGAUAAAAUGUUGAGUGUGACCGAUCCAAUACUAAAGAUCAGCUAUACUCCGAACGCCCCUAGUUUCACUAUUCGGCACAUACUGGCUUUGAUCUCAAUGGCAGACCCUAAUUUAAAGGCCUCACUUCAUCACCCACCAACGUUGGAAGAGCGUUCGCAAAAGAUCAAUGCUCGCGAACAACGACGCCUUCUACUGCGGACCGGUCUUUCUAUCGCUGUUGCUAUUCCAACGUUUCUAAUUACGAUCGUCUUUAUGAGCUUGGUACCGUUAGAGAAUCAUCUUCGGCAAUUUUUUAUGCAGCCGAUGUGGUCUGGUGAAGUUCGGCGUGGGGAUUGGGCUUCCUUCCUUAUGGCUUGUCCUGUGUACUUCUUUGCUGCUGACAUCUUCCAUCGUCGUGCAUUGAAGGAGAUAUUUGCGCUAUGGAAGCCUGGGAGCACGACCCCUUUCGGCACAGAAUCCAACCACACAAGUUAUUUUGACUCGGUCGUCUUUCUGACUAUGUUCCUCCUCAUUGGAAAGCUCAUCGAAGCAUACAGCAGAGCAAAGACAGGAGAUGCGGUGACGAUGUUGACAAAGCUUCGACCAACGGAGGCGACACUUGUUGAUGAAGGUUCCGGACAGCGAACACGACAAAUCAGUGCAGAUCUUCUGGAAAUUGGUGACGUCGUCAGAGUCCCACAAGGCGGCUCUCCCCCUUGUGACGGACACGUUAUCGAGGGCGAGGCAUGUUUUGAUGAAUCCAGUCUCACGGGCGAAUCGAGACCAGUGAAGAAGUCGGUUGGUGAGGAGGUCUUUUCAGGGACCAUGAACAAUGGUGGUCCUAUCUCUAUCCGAGCCAGUGGUAUUUCUGGGGCGUCCAUGCUGGAUCAAAUUGUGGAUGUGGUUCGGGAAGGCCAAACUCGACGCGCUCCAGUUGAACGUAUUGCGGACCUUCUGACUAGCUAUUUUGUGCCAUUCGUCACGCUUAUCGCUCUCUCUACAUGGAUCGUGUGGCUGGGUCUUGGCCUUUCUGGCGCACUUCCAAAUGAUUACCUAGAUGUCAACAGCGGAGGAUGGCCACUUUGGUCCUUACAAUUUGCUAUCUCUGUCUUCGUUAUAGCUUGCCCUUGCGGCAUCGCUCUCGCCGCACCAACCGCCCUUUUUGUUGGUGGUGGCCUGGCCGCUCGAAACGGGAUCCUUGUGAAAGGUGGCGGAGAAGCAUUCCAGGAAGCCAGUGGACUGGAUUGCGUCGUCUUCGACAAAACUGGUACCUUGACACAGGGUGGUGAGCCAGUGAUCACAGACUAUGAGAUCAUGCCUGGCGUCGAUGAAUGUUUGGUUCGAACAAUGAUCAAAAACCUAGAGGAGAACACCAGCCAUCCAAUCGCGCAGGCUGUUGUUUCAUUUUGCGAGUUGAAAGAGACGACGUCUGUCCAAGUGGAAAAAAUGGAAGAGAUCGCUGGAAAGGGCAUGAAAGGCACAUUCUCAGCUGCGAAGCAGACUGUGACGAUUAUUAUCGGAAACGAGGCUCUCAUGGCUGAUUACAAUGUCCACAUCCCAAACAACGCUGCGGAAAAACUUGGCUUCUGGAAAGCUCAAGGCAAAUCGAUCUCGUUGGUUGCCAUGAAAGUUGCCGCAGAUGACAAAACUUGGCCACCACUUACGGUCUCUGCAUCGUGGGACUUGGUGAUGACCCUUGCAGUCUCCGAUCCUCUCCGCCACGAAGCUCUUGCUACAAUUAAGGCACUGAAAAGGAGAGGAAUAGACGUCUGGAUGAUAUCCGGAGAUAACCUGACAGCAGCAACUGCCGUUGGUACAAUGGUUGGGAUCCCUGAGGAAAACAUAAUUGCAAAUGUGCUUCCCGGACAGAAAGCGGAGAAAAUUCGGUACCUCCAGAGGACGUUAAAGAAAGUCAGCUCUCGGAACGAUUCUGGAAGGACGCUUGAAUACACAGACAGGAGGGCGACGAUCGCCAUGGUAGGCGAUGGGAUAAAUGACUCACCGGCAUUAACAAUGGCAGAUGUAGGAGUUGCGAUUGGUUCUGGUUCCGACAUAGCCAUCUCCUCCGCUGAUUUCAUUCUUGUUUCGUCUCGGUUAGAUUCAUUGCUGACACUGAUUGAUCUCAGUCGCAUUGUCUUUAAGAGGAUCAAGUUCAACUUUGCGUGGGCGUUGGUUUAUAAUCUCAUCGCCUUACCUGUGGCUGCUGGCGUUUUGUAUCCAGUGAAAGCCAGCGGAGGUCAUAUCAGACUUGACCCAGUCUGGGCAAGCCUAGCCAUGGCGUUAAGCAGCGUGAGCGUUGUCUGCAGCAGUCUUCUUCUGAGGAGCAGGUUACCAGGGAUUGGAUUUAGACUGUCGGAAGAUCACCAAUGCGAUUAG